AUGGACCGCCUGGAACUUCGACAGGAUCAGGAAAAGGCCAUACGCGGUGAUGGAGUGCCGAGGCUCCUUGAAGACCGUGAUAGUCGCGCAGCUCUUAUCCGGGGCAUUCGCCUGCAUUACCAUUUGGCCAUGAGUGAACCCGUCAAACGCCUCAGCUCCUCAAUGCCUCAGGUCGCUCGAGCCCGCAACGCUCGCCGCAUCAUGAGCAACGACAUACCGGAACGAAUGACGGCGGAGGAGCAGCCAUACUGUAUAUGGCAUCCCGAGAUGGCCACCGAGGAUACCUACCGCUCAUUGGCCUCUAAAUUCCCCGACAUGCGCUAUCAAGUCGGCCGUGCCUGUGCUGCAGCAGGUUACGGCGCCCUUUAUCGUGAGCUUGAUCUCCUGCCUGAAGUGUCCAUCGCUGAAGAGACGCGAGAAAGCGAGACAGAUGGCGGGAAACUCAUCUAUGACGAGAUCAUGAGUUUCAAGUAUCGCUAUGCCGUCAUGGACGAUUGCAAACGCACCAUCAAACUGAUGGACUAUGAAUGCCCGGCGUAUCUGAACGGCAACACCGAAAGGACGCAUCUGGGCCUCGAGGAUCAGCAAGUAGAUGAAAGGCAUGGAAAGCUGACCGACGACGAGGCGAAGCUGCUCUAUAGUCCUCUGCCUGGGGAUCUGCCGACGGUAAAGAAGACUUUGUUGACACAGAUGGCCGCCCACGACGGCAACAUCGAACGCUAUGCCCAGCUCGCCAACUCUGGAAGAACUUUGACUCAACUAGACCAAGACUGUGUCAUCCGUGGUGUCUUGCAUCACACUAUGUAUGCUCGUUGGUGGGCUGACCAGAUCAAGAACGACACCAUCUAUGCAAGGUCUUCCCCAUACGUGUGGGAUAUUCAGCGAGCCAUAAUGGCACGCCGGAUCAUGCUCAACGACGCCUCCGCGUUUGAAGACGGCUGGCCACCCGGAGUCCCGAUGCCCUACAUCAUCUGGUGGCCCCUGCAGCCGCAGUCAGAUAUGCUUAGCCUUCUUGCCAUGAAGGUACCUGAGAUGAAGAGGCAAUGCGCGGCGGCAGCAAUCAUCUGCGAUUACGAGAAUGUCUAUAAGGGCCUUGAUCCGGAGCCGAGCUGGCACCUAUGGAAGGUCGCCAGUGAGUUCGCUGCCAACUCGUUUUACCGUGAGGAUCAGGAGAGGCGAGGGAGGGAGAAGGAUAUUGAUGUGGAGGAUGACGCUUUUAUGGAAUCAUACUACAGUGAAUUAAUGCAGACGAGGGAGAUUACGGUACUUGAAGAAGGCGGCGAAAAGAUUACAGACAGUGUCGAGAAACACAAGUUACCAACUAACAUGUAUGGCUCCGUGGAAGUACUGUGUACGAGCGCCGGCCAGCUCAGGAUCUGGGAAGGCAUUGGAAAAGUACCGCCGGUAUCUUGA